AACUGUUCCAGCAUCAAUAGUUGUACUUCACGUCCCCAGCAAAGACAUCGUGGCAUAUUACCAAAGAACGGACCGAAGAAUAAUCAUCAACUGCAUAACUUUCAGCAAAAUUACAGCAGAGCUACUUGUUAGCAUUUCCAUCCAAGAUGGAGAUGGACAAGCCUCAGCCGGCACCACGCACUUUUGCUUCGUCGCAGGGGAAGACCGACACACCUAAGCCAGCGCCACGCCCCUCCACUUCGUCGCAGGGGAAGGUUGAUACGCCUCAACCGGUGCCACGCCGUGCCUUGUCGCCGAGGGUAGUACUGCCGAUGGAUGGGGUUCCAAUCCCGGCACCUACUCAACCUAUAACUGGCGAACCAUCAGCAACAGACUUUCAGAGAUGUCGUCUUUGUGCGCGCUAUCAUGCGCUCAGAGUAUGCCCAGUUUUUCGGGCCAUGCACCCACAACAGAGGUUCCUCAUCGCGCGAGCUCAUCAGUUCUGCACAAACUGUCUCGCACUCUCCCACGCUACAAGCGCGUGCACAUCAAGCGGAAAUUGUAGAACAUGUGGCCAAUAUCAUCAAUGCAUAGAAAUGACUCCAGCACCUCUGGUCGCCGGUUAAAGCCGCCUGCACGCUACCCACCGAGACUUGCUCGGAAC